UCUUAUGUACCUCAGAGCUAACAAGAACAAGCUUAAUAGCAAAUACCUAGCUUUUUCAGUUUUUUGGCUUAGCAAAAGGUAUUAAGAGUUUAACUAGGAUUUCAAGAAUGGCAAUUCCGAGAAUCGAUUUCGGCUCACCGGCCGAAGCCACCAAACCCGCUGCCCUCAAGGCUGCAUUGGCUGAGUUCAUCUCCAUGCUUAUUUUUGUUUUUGCUGGAGAAGGUUCUGGCAUGGCAUUUGCCAAGCUUUCAGGUGAUGGUCCCGCAACCCCUGCCGGGCUGGUAGCUGCUGCAUUAUCUCAUGGUUUUGCGCUGUUUGUGGCCGUAUCAGUGGGUGCUAACAUCUCUGGUGGUCACGUGAACCCUGCCGUCACCCUUGGUGCUUUCCUUGGUGGUAAAAUUUCAUUCUUCUGCACAAUCCUCUACUGGAUUGCUCAGUGCCUUGGUGCUGUGGUUGCCUGCCUCCUCCUCAACUUCUCCACUGGUGGACUGCCAACCUCUGCAUUUGCUCUAUCCUCUGGAGUGACUGUCUGGAAUGCCCUUGUCUUUGAGAUUGUGAUGACCUUUGGACUCGUGUACACCGUCUAUGCCACAGCUAUUGACCCCAAGAAGGGUGAUAUUGGCAUCAUUGCACCCUUGGCCAUUGGUCUUAUUGUUGGAGCCAACAUCUUGGCUGGUGGUGCCUUUGACGGUGCAUCCAUGAACCCUGCUGUGUCCUUCGGCCCUGCAGUUGUCAGCUGGACAUGGGACAAUCACUGGGUCUACUGGCUCGGCCCAUUCAUCGGUUCUUCAAUCGCUGCUCUCGUCUACCACUGCAUCUUCAUUCAACCAGACAACUACGAGGAGCUUCCCUAAUUUCUCUGUUUCUCCACAGCUUGUUAGGAAAAGAAAAUUUCCCCCCUUCAUCAGCCUAUAUGUUUGAAAGGCAGCUGAAGGGUUGUACAUGCUUCUUUUUUUUAACCAAAUGAUUUGAGUGCUUUCUCCCUUUUCUACUGUAUUUUUUCAAACGAAAACUAUGGCAGUUCAAUUGUGAAUCCUGGUGAAAAGUAUUUCUUUUACUUCAAUGAAUCUUUUGAUAGUUGU